AGAGGGGAUGGGAGGAGGAGGAGGGUGAAGAGGGAUGAGGGAGUGGAGAGGAAGAGGAAGACAAACAUCACAGAGGAGGGUCGGAGGAGGGGAAAAAACUGAUCUCCACCUAACAUCUCCACACAAAAAGUGAGUCUCAGUCGAGGUCAGUGAUGCUUCACCAUCAGGACCGACCCCUGAACUCAACCUACGAAGGGAAGGAAGGUACCAGCUGUGGUUCUUCCUCUUCACUGCAAAACGGGAAAGGUGACACAGAUGGCAACUUCAACUUCCUCCCAGGUGAACAUGGUGACGGCAUCAUCACGAUGGGCAGCAGAGCGGACGAGAACAGAAACCAGAUGCGUCCCCAUAACCUGGGCCUGUUGGGUCACGAUCCCUCUACCUGUUCUCCAACCUCUGGGUUUCACUACAGCACAGCGGUCCUGUCACCCCGCUCCCGCCUGACCCGCUGGAGCCCCCUGGAACCGCUGCCUGAAAUUGACAGUGGUGACGACGGUUAUGGCCGAGUGCCCCCUGAUGGAGUAGAGGAAGGAAGGGUGGAAGAUGAGGAGGAUGGGAGGCUGGAGAUGAUGACCAAGAGUGGACAGAGAGAAAAGGUGGUGCAUCAGAAGAGGAACGGCAGCAUCAUAAGAGGAGAAGAAGAAGAUGAAGAUGACGAAUGGGGUGACAGCGACUCGGAAUCCGAACACAGCCAAUCUGGCGGCAGCAUGUCCUCCCUCAACACGGAAAGUGGAGGAGAAGGGCUGCCAAAGGGAGGCUGGCACCACACUGAUCAACCUGAGUCCAAACUCCAAGAAAGCAACCCAACCAGGAAGUGGGACAACUGUAACCCAGAGCCUACUGGAAGGUCCGGAAGCAUCAGUCAGACGCCUGCGACAGGACAUGGUUCGGAAAACUGCGAGCAGUCGUCAGAUUCCGACGGCGAGCUGCCUGAGAUAAUGGAUGGCAUCUGGACGCUACUGGACCGAGAGCGCUUCAAGGUGCAGGAGAUGGAGAAACAUCAGGUGCAGCUGACCAUGUACCGCCGGCUGGCGCUCAUCCGCUGGGUCCGCACCCUGCAGGGCCGCGUCCAGGAGCAGCAGAACCGCCUCCAGUCCAGCUUCGACAUCAUCCUCACACACAGGAAGGAGCUGUUGCGCAUGAGCACUGCAGCGGCUGUGGCCAACGUUACGCCCGCCACCGCCAUUAGCCAGUCGUAGAGAGGCGGGUGGGGGGG